AUGGUGCAUCCCGGCUGGCUUUGCCUGCUGCAGGGCUCCCUCCUCCUGCUGGCCAGAGCGCGGCACAGCCGCGACCCCGCCGGCGCCUGCCCGCCCCGCGGUCAAAGUGAGCUGAACUCCUUCCUAUGGACCAUCAAGAGAGAUCCCCCGUCUUACUUCUUUGGCACCAUCCACGUCCCAUACACACGUGUCUGGGAUUUUGUCCCAGAGAACUCCAAGAAGGCCUUUCAUCAGAGCCACAUCGUGUACUUUGAGCUGGACCUCACUGACCCCUACACCAUCUCAGCUCUCACUAGCUGUCAGCUCCUGCCACAGGGCAAAAACCUUCAGGAUGUGCUGCCCCAUGACAUAUACCGCCGGCUCAAGAAGCACCUGGAGUAUGUCAAGCUCAUGAUGCCAUCUUGGAUGACCCCGGACCAGCAGGGCAGAGGGCUGUAUGCAGACUACCUCUUCAAUGCCAUUGCUGGCAACUGGGAACGGAAGAGGCCAGUGUGGGUGAUGCUGAUGGUGAACUCUCUGACAGAGGUAGACAUCAAGUCGAGAGGCGUGCCUGUCCUAGAUUUGUACCUGGCCCAGGAAGCAGAGCGGCUGAGGAAGCAAACAGGGGCUGUGGAGAAAGUAGAGGAGCAGUGCCACCCACUCAAUGGGCUGAACUUCUCCCAGGUGGUCUUUGCUUUGAAUCAGACUCUCUUGCAGCAGGAGAGCCUCCGGGCAGGCAGUCUCCAGAUCCCCUAUACGACAGAAGACCUUAUCAAGCAUUACAACUGUGGGAACCUCAGCUCCAUCAUCUUCAACCAUGAUACUGCUCAAGUCCCAAAUUUCAUUAAUACUACACUUCUAGCUCAUGAACUGGUUACUGCCCAAGAGAUAGACAGAUACUUCCGCCAGGAGCUCAUCUACAAGCGAAAUGAGCGAAUGGGCAGGAGGGUGAAGCACCUGCUGGAAGAGUAUCCCAACAAGAGUUUCUUCUUUGCAUUUGGAGCUGGUCACUUCAUGGGCAACAACACAGUGAUUGAUGUUUUGAGGAGAGAAGGGUACGAGGUAGAGCACACUCCAGCUGGAGAAGCCAUCAACAAUGGCAAACUUCCACCCAAAACUUUGUUAGCCUUUUCAUCAUCAUCACUGGCACACAGCUUCUCUGUCUCAUCUCAGGAACUCCAGUUGCCAUUGCACUCCCAGAAGGAGAAGAAAGAAGAGCUCUUGCCUCACCUGCUACUCCCUUACAGCAUCAGUAUACUGGAGAAAGUAGACAGGAAGUAUAAAAAGAAACAGCAGCAGCAGAAGAAGCAAAGACUGCGGCAGUUUAAUGACCUCUGGGUUCGUCUUGAAGAAAGUGCUACUGACCUUCCUCCCCAGAGCCGCAUCGUUAAUGGCUACUUCACAGUCGAACCCCACCCCCUGGGCCAAGGAUGGGUCAAUCGCACUCGUGCGGACACUGGCAAUGCUCACCACCUCUCCUGUUCUCUCUCCCUCCCACUGCUGACUUUGACUUUGUUUAUUAUAAGACUGCACUGA